AGGGGCCAGCUGAGCCCCAGAGGACCCACGACCGACCCCGUGUUGCCUCGGGCCGGUGCCAUGGACACCUUCAUCCGCUUCACCAACCAGACCCAAGGUCGGGACCGACUCUUCAGAGCCACUCAAUACACAUGCAUGUUGCUUAGAUAUUUGUUAGAGCCUAAAGCUGGCAAAGAGAAGGUGGUAAUGAAGCUCAAGAAAUUGGAGUCCAGUGUGAGCACUGGGCGUAAAUGGUUCCGAUUAGGCAAUGUGGUACAUGCUGUCCAGUCGACUGAGCAGAGCAUUCAUGCUACCGACCCAGUGCCCCGCUUAUGCCUAACAUUAGCCAACCUGAACCGUGUGGUUUAUUUCAUCUGUGACACCAUUCUCUGGGUGAGGAGUGUGGGUCUCACCAUGAGCAUCAACAAAGAGAAGUGGCAAACAUGGGCCACCCGCCACUACUACUAUUUUCUCCUGCUGAGCCUGGUCAGGGAUCUGUAUGAAAUCUCCCUGCAGAUGGGACGGCUUGCACAUGACAGGGCAAUGAGAGAGAAGUCAUCCCAGAAUCCUUUUGGGUACAGCUUGGCUGAUGAAGAAACAGAAUGGCUUCAGUCCUUCCUUCUUCUUUUAUUCCGAUCUCUGAAGCAGCAUCCUCCCUUGCUUCUGGACACAGUGAAGAACUUAUGUGACAUCCUGAUCCCCUUGGACCAGAUGGGGAUCUAUAGGUCCAACCCAGGCAUCAUUGGGCUUGGAGGUCUUGUAUCCUCUGUGGCAGGUAUCAUCACUGUGGCCUAUCCUCAGAUGAAGCUGAAGAUCCUCUAGGGUGUUGGUAGGCUCAGGACCAGUGACUGUUUAAAGAAGACAUCUUCAUGAAACAAACAUUUACAUCGGUCACAAAUCAUGUCAUAUCUUGCUUAUGUUUUUUGUUCACAUGAGCAUUUAUGACCUGUAAUGUGAGCUGAGGUGGGGCCAAAAAUGGAACAUGAAGAUUUAUGGUGUUUUUAGAGUGCUGGAAUGACUUCUGAAUUUCUGAAUAUUUUCCAUUCACCUAACAUUUACUGAGCAUCUCUUAUGUGCAUAGUAGGCACUUAGCAUUUGCCACAUGAAUAAAAAUUGAAAGGAAAAAAAUUGAAAAAGACCCGAUAAAACUAAUACGUGAACACUAAUAUACGUAUAGAUUGGGUUAUAUGGAUUAUUGGUUUCACAUGAUUGUCAUAGAUCUGAUUGAUGCACAGCACCUUCAGAUUUGAUAGCGAACCGCUUCUAUCAGCUAUACCUGCCUCCAAGAUUGUCAGUAGCAGGAUGGAGGGGAGCUGGGCUGAAAGCCUCCUCACCUGUUGGCCUUGACCAUCAUUGUACUUUUUUUUUUUUUUUAAUAUUUUUAGUCGUAGAUGG